AUGGGCGAUCGCCUGCUGCAUUCGGUGUCGCAGUAUUCCAAUCUGGAAGUCCUGCAUGCUGCCCCAUGCUGCAUGCCUGGGUUUGCAGGUGGACAUCCCUGUCGAGCCAACGACAGGCCCACGAGGAAUACUUUGCGAGAGCAUCUGUACAAGUUUCUCUUGAGGUCCCCAGCAACCUCCGCUCGUCUCGGUCCCGGUGGUCCCUGCUCAGAGUUCCCCGACUCCGCGGAGGCCAGAGACUCUGCAGAGAAGUUCUGCACAACGUUCUUCUUCGCGAGGACUCGGAAGCCUUCGCCCGCUGUGGGAGAGGAGGACCUUCUUGAGCCCGAAGUGGCUGAGGCGAAAGCCACCCCGGAAGAACCUGUCACGGCAGUGGCAGCUACCGCAGCCCAACGAGCUCUUGGCAGCGGAAGCACCUCUGCAAAUCUCAAGAACACCCCAGCGAUCGAUCCAGGUCCGGACCUGGUCGACCUGCUUCCCACAGCCUCUGCACUGGUCUCCACUUCGAUGCUUCCCUUCCGAUCGACGGAGGAAGCCAGCACGUGGCAGCCGAGGCCCCAUGGAUCCGGGUUGAACGAGCAGAUGGAUGCCAUGGCCAUUCUUGCGGAUGCUUUUGCCUACCGGAAGAGCCUCGCGCGAGCGGUUGGUGCUUGGCAGAGUGCUGUGCAAGACGAGAGGGAGCUCGUGCUGGAGCUUCGACGAAAGCAGGCACUGGGAUACUGGUUCCGCCGGACCAGGUCCGACAUGGCCGAGAGGGCUGCGGACCUUGAGCGGAGGUCCGCGCAGCGUCGACAAACCCUGAAGCUUGGCGUGGCGAGAUGGCAGCUUUGCCUCAUGGCGAGAAGAAGCUUCCGCCAUACCUUCGCCCGGUUGCACGGGCUCCAGUGCCGACGCUGUCUGCACUUGGCUUACGGCAGCUGGCUGGUGGCCGUGCACUCCGCCAAAGAGCUCCUGGCGCAUGCUACGCGGCUCACACGCUGCCGAGUGCUACAGGGGUGCUGGACGGCGCUGCGGGCAUACUCGCAGCAGCGACAGCUCAUGGCCUUGUACCGGAGCUGGGCAGACGUGCACUGGCUCCGCUCUCGGAUGACUGCGGCCUGGCAGGCCUGGCUUCGGUGGUUCCGGAAGCGUGGGAAGGUGGUGGCCAUGCGCAGUGAGCCGCAGCUGCUGGCGGCCUGGUGCUGGCUUCGGGUGCAUGCGGGAUCCGAGCGCCACAGGCGGUGGCUGCCACCCGGCUCAGGUCACUCACAACAACACACAUGGUGGUGGGCCCCUGCAGUUGACCUUCUUUUCGGCCCAGCACCCUUCGACGUCCAUCCGCACCACAUGCAGGCUGUACAGCUCACGGUGCUGCGCGGCUUUGUCAGCGCGCUCUUGAAGAAGAUUCUCUCGUCUUGGCAGAUGCAGGCCCGAGGGACCAGCAGCUUCGUCCAAAAAGUCCGCCUGAGCACGCUCGCGGCCUGCCUCUCGGCCUGGAAGGUCCAAACGGAAGAACUCCAGCGAACCCGCGCAUGCCAGCAAGAAGUGGCUUCACUGAGAGCAACCCGGAGCCGAGCGAGUGCCCUGAGGAGCUGGAGCCGAAGGUGUCGACGCCGAAUCGAGCAUCGACACCGGGCCCAAGACUUCGCUGCGGACUGUUGGCAUCGAAGCUGCAGGAGGGCCUUCUUGGCGUGGCGCAUAGCUUGGGACUGGGAGGCUGCAGUGCUGAAAGCACAGUCUCUUGCCGGAGGACGACUUCUUUGUGCAGCGAUGAAGGCUUGGGUCGGACUGUGGCACUAUGAGCGACAGGAAGCGAUCCGUUUGCGGCUCUCGGGGCUCUUCCUGCGAAAGUGCAGCCUGAAACGCGGGCUCCGGAAGCUCCACGUCCACGUGGGCAUUCAGGCCCGGCGCCGGGCCUUCCUGCAGGCAGAGGCUCAGCUUCGAGAGGCGGUGCUUCGGAAGCGGUGGCGCUGGCUCCAGGCUUGCUGGGGUGCUUGGAGAAGACAUGCCGAGCAUUGCCGGCUCAUGAAAUUGUAUCGUAGCUGGGCGGACGUCCACUGGCUCCGCUCUCGGCUGACUGCGGCAUGGCAGGCCUGGCUCCAGUGGUUCCGCAAACGCGGGAAGGUGGUGCCCAUGCGCAGCGCCCCGCAGCUGCUGGCGGCCUGGCGCUGGCUUCGAGUCCACGCAGCUUGCUCUGGCCAUGUGCACUUCAUGCGCAGGCCGCAACUUCCCAUUGAUGCGGCGGUUGCACCAUGGCAGCCCGUGGCCGCCGAGCUUCUCUUCGGCCCGGCCCCCUUCGACAUCCACCCGCACCACAUGCAGGCGAUGCGCCCUGGACUCCUGGAGCUCUUCGCAAGCGCUCUGCGGAAGGAGAUGAUGGAACUCUGGAAAGCGGAGGCGCGAGGUUUAUCGGAGCCGGAGCAGAAUGCAGACAAGAAAGUCCUGCAUGAAAUGCACGAGAAAGGUCGAGGUUUAGCGCAGAUUGUCGAAGGCAGCCGCGGAGAAGUGCAGGCGCUUGCACAGCAUCCAGACUGCGGCGCUGAUCCGAGAAUUGUGAAAGCGAAAGCGGGCGCGGGAGUCGUCCUCGGGGAGUUCUUGAGGUCCUCAGCUCUCGCUGCCGACGUGUCCGCCGGCGGCUGCUGCAUCAUUGGAGCCGAAGGUCUCCACAGCUCGGAGCAGAGCCGCAGAGCUUCCAAGCUUUUGCUUGACUCAACUUGA